AUGUGGUGGAAGCAUUUGCCUCUGAAACCCAAUCGCCACAUACACAACGAUCUCCUCCUCCUGUCCUCCUCAACCAUCAUGUCGUGCUUUGAUCUCUUUUCUUCACUUUCUCACUUCUUCAUCAUCUUCCCAUCGCUCUCCGUCAUUAUCAGCGUCGUCUUCUUCUUCUUCUUCUUCAAGUCGUCGUUGCCGCCGCCUUCCUCCUCGAAGAACCUCCCGAGAGUCUACCCUAUCGUGGGUUCCUACUUCUCGUUGCUCGCCAACUGGAAAAGGCGGAUCGACUGGAGCGCCGACCUCAUCCGGAACUCCCCCUCGGCGACCUACCUCUUCCACCGCCCGCUCGGCCACUGCCAAGUCAUCACCGGCAACCCUGCGAACGUCCAGCAUAUCCUCAAGACCCACUUCGCCAACUACGAGAAGGGAAAGGUCCUUAAGACGACCUUCCGGGACAUCCUCGGCGACGGGAUCUUCAACGUCGUCGACGGCGAGUCCUGGAAGUUCCAGAGGCAGGUCUCCAGCCACGAGUUCAACACCCGGUCGCUACGGAAGUUUGUCGAGACCGUCGUCGAUGCCGAGCUGAACGAGCGCCUCCUGCCGCUCCUGGCUUUCGCGGCCAAGAGCAGGGCAGUGAUAGACAUGCAGGACGUGCUCCAUAGAUUCGCCUUUGACAACAUAUGCAAGAUCGCGUUCGGGUACGAUGCCGAGUAUCUAUCGCCGUCACUUCCUCAGCCGAGAGCAAAUUUCGCGGAAGCGUUUGAAGACGCGGUGAAAAUAAGCAUCGAGAGGUUUCUCGAGUUGUUCUCAGUGAUUUGGAGGAUCAAGCGUUUCUUCAACGUCGGAUCCGAGAAGCGCCUCCGGGUCGCGAUCUCUAAAGUCCAUGAGUUUGCGAAGAAAAUCGUGAGGGAAAAGAAGCGAGAGCUGAGCGAAAAGUCGUCGGCCGCCGAGGACCUCCUAUCGCGGUUCUUGAGCUCGGGCCAUUCCGACGAGGACUUUGUGGCUGACAUCGUCAUCAGCUUCAUACUCGCCGGCCGGGACACCACGUCGGCGGCCCUUACGUGGUACUUCUGGCUGCUCCACAAGAACCCGGAGGUGGAGGCCAAAGUCCGGGUUGAGAUCAUGGAGAAGUCCGAUGCACAUGCCGCAGGUUACGAUGAUGUGAAGGAGAUGGUGUACACGCACGCAUCGCUGUGUGAGAGCAUGCGGUUUUACCCGCCGGUGCCGCUCGACACGAAAGAGGCGGUGAGGGACGACGUCUUGGAGGACGGCACGGUGGUGAAGAAGGGGACGAGGGUGACAUACCAUCCGUACGCGAUGGGGAGGUUGGAGGAGCUGUGGGGAAAGGACUGGCCUGAGUUCAAGCCGGAGCGUUGGCUAAAGGCGGCGGAGGGCGGCGGUGAGAAGUGGGUGUUCGUUGGGAGGGACCCGUUCUCGUACCCGGUCUUCCAGGCAGGGCCGAGGGUUUGUCUGGGGAAGGAAAUGGCGUUCCUGCAGAUGAAGAGGGUGGUGGCCGGGGUACUACAACGGUUCAAAGUGGUGCCGGCGGCGCAGGAAGGGGCCGAGCCGUUGUUCGAUUCGUACUUGACCUCGAAGAUGCAGGGUGGGUUCCCGGUGAGGAUUGAGAUGAGAGAGUGAAAGGGAAAUAUGAAGCAAUGUCAAAGAUAUCAAACUUUUAUUAUAUUUUCUUUAUAAAAUGACGUGGCCUCAUAUAUUUAUACUUUUUUAUUUA